AUUUCUAGAAAUGCGUGCUGCAUAUGUUAGCCAAAGUAUCCAAGUAACCAAUGUGAGUGAUUUGAUAUGCGGGUCUAGCGUCAAUCUUAGUCCAAUAUCCAAUUGUAGUGUCAUAGAAAUGGACGUUGUUAUAGUAAGAAAAAUAAGUGUAUUGAAACGUCCCGUGACUGCAAGUUGCUUGCCAAGAAGAAUACUCGUCUAGUUGGUCGCAUUGUCAAUUAUUUCAAGACAUGGACGGAACAAUUCGAGCCAUAUCCUGCGCCAAUUUCGCCAUCAGCUCCAGACCAGCAAAUACAGUCAGAGAUAACCCAAUUACAAGUGCAACAAGCUUUUAGGAAACCUCCUAACAACAUCACAGUCGCCGUCUGUCCCAGCGAACAGCUGGAGAUUCUUCCCAAUUCCUUUGAUGAUGUCAAGCAAUGUCACAACACCUUGCUCGCGGUCAAAAUGCUGCCCAAAGUAGCAAUCACCAUGAAGCAGGUGCCUUGCAAUCUACUGCCGUAUCCCGUGAUGCCGCUCAAGCAGACGAUGGCGCUUUACUUGCUUAGCAUUCGACCCUUCUUCACGAAGGAAGGCUUUAUUAAACAGCAGCGACUGGCCAUGGAAUUCCUGCAUAACAAAGGCUAUGAACUGCAGCAGUUGUUGGAGGCUGCAGGGCAACAGGAGAUUAAUUGGUUGGCUGACCGUUGGAUCACGUCAAAUUAUCUGCGACAUCGGGGACCACUCACAGUCUUCUCGAGUCCUUGCAUGUCUUUUCCCAAGCAGGAUUUUCGCAAUGUCAUCGACUUUACGCACUUUACGGCUCAAGCUAUCUACGGAAUGUGUGAGUUUAAAUAUUUGGUGGAGCACGAUCUUAUCCCGGUGCACAAGAUGGAUGAAUACGAUCUGGACAACAGUCAGUUUCACAAUGUUUUUGGCACUGUGCGAAAGCCACAAAAGUCCUGUGAUACGCUUGAGCAAUGCAACUCCGACUAUGUGAUUGUGAUACACCAAAAUAAUUUCCAUAAGUUGCCCGUUUACACGGCUGAUGAGCGUAUACUUAAUAUCAACGAACUGCGCAAUCGGCUGCUUGGCAUUGUGCAAGGCAAUCAAGCGAUGGGGCCAGAGAUAGGCCUGCUCACCCACGAUACGCGCGAUAACUGGGCAGAUGCAUAUGGAGCACUGUGCAGCCAAGAGCACAAUGCCAAUGUGGUGCAGUGCAUCGAGGAGGCGCUCUUCACGGUCUCGCUGGAUGAGAUGGUGCAGUUGCCAUCCAAGGGACAGGAGCGUACAUUAGUCGCUAAGCAGUUGCUGCAUGGCGGGGGCCUCAACAGCAACAGCGCCAAUCGUUGGAUGGACAAGACGAUGCAACUGAUUGUCAAUCCCAAUGGCAUGGCCGGCAUCUGCAUGGAACAUGCGCCGGCUGAUCCGCAGCCAGUGGUGAGCAUCAUGAACUACGUCCAGAGCAAUAUCACUAAUCCAGAGUACGGCAAUGAUAGCGACAUCAUUGGAUUAGUCGAGCAACCUCAUCAACUGCACUUUGUGGAGCUGGAUCAAGGCAUUGAUCUCUGGCUGGGUGCGGCAAGAAGCAGCAUCAACAAGAUCAGCAAUCGUCUGGAGAUGGAGGUCUUCAAGUUUCCCUGCUACGGCAAGUGUCUGAUAAAAUCGCAGGGAUUAUCCCCGGACAGCUUCAUCCAGAUGGCACUGCAACUAGCUUUCUAUCGGCUGCACAAUGAGCUGCCGGCACAAUACGAGUCGGCGCACUUGCGCAUAUUUAAGUACGGACGCACUGAAACCAUUCGAUCCACUUCCAUGAAAUCUAUGGCCUUUGUCACGGCCAUGACAUCGAGGAACGCCUCGCUGAAGCAACGUUUGAUAGCGUUAAGAGCUGCCGUCGAUGGCCAUCAGACGCAAACCAAGUUGGCAAUGCGAGGACACGCCGUGGAUCGCCAUCUCUUCGGCUUGCUACAGAUGGCAAGGGAAAAUGCUAUGCCGUUGCCCGAAUUCUUUUGCUCCCUCGGCUACUUAAAGUCAACACAAUUCCGUGUGCUCAGCGCACAGAUUGCUACGUCGCACGAUGGCUUCAUGGCCUGUGGACCGCACACCUCGGAGGGUUAUGGUUGCUGUUACAAUCCUCGCGAGAACGACAUCAUUUUGGCCAUCUCCUCGUGGAACCUCAAGCCGCAGAUUAGCGCCUUGAACUACGCCAAAGCCAUCGAGUUGGCACUGGCCGACAUGGGACAAUUGAUAUUGGAAGCUGGCGGAUAUUGUGCUGCAAAGGCGGCAUCUGAUUGCAAGAAGGAAGUCAAGGAAUGAUUUUCGAAAUCCAAUUUGUCGAUAAUUUUAUUUAACGAUACUACAAUAAAGUGGCUCAGGCAUAAGAAAUUUUAAAUUGAA